CUAUUUUAUAAAAUCUAAGGGGUGUAUGGAAAGAACCUCUACGCGGUACACCCUAGGCAACGUUUUAGUGAUAUUAUCAAUAAACGGCUAAUCUUUCCAUCACGGGGCACAAGUCUUAAAGACCAAACAUGAUAAAUACAGGUAUGUAGACGAUUCCGUGGAAGACAGCGGAUAAUCGAGAGUAAACUGUUUUAAAAAACUUACCCAUGAGCAUUGAGUAAUGAGUGUCACUUUUAAGAUACAAAAAUUUGUUCUCUCAACUUGUGAUGUUAGAAAUUUAGAAUAUUAUGUUACAACUUUACAAGAUAUAUUCAUUUUAGAUUGUGAGUCCCAACUCACAAGACAAAUUAAUAAUACGCGGGUAUUGAUAAGAAUUCCUUCCGGCUGACGUCAUCGACAUGCGUAUCACGGAACUAAGAUCAUACCUAGUUAUUUAGCCAUGCGAUCACUAUUCACUGCUCAGUGUUCACUAUUUCAACGGCUCUUGUAAAGUUUGGUCUAAAAAUAGCGUCUUGUUUUGGUUUACACUUACAUCCGCCAUUUGUAAGUCGUAAUUGCACACUGGCGCAUUAACGGACGAGUUGCAACGAUCCUUGUCACGAACAGCUACAACCCUGUGCCCACAGCCCACUGGUCCGGCAGGCGAUGGCCUGAAAAUGAAAAUGGAUAAACACACAUAAGACAUAACCACAACUUACUAUAGUUAGUAGUUACUUUAUUACAACUGUAGAUGAUUUAAUGCCUCAUCUUUAAUAUUAUUAAAUAUUGUUGUUUUUGUGAGUACUGAGUUAUGUCGCUUUUAUAGUUAGAUGAGGCACUGUCCGGACACCGCGAGUAACACCAGCUUUUGGACUGAAAAUUGAACUCUCUUUCUAACGACGACCACGACGACAACCAUGGAAAAAACCGUUCUCGAAGGAGGCGCCUCUAAACGGCCGUUGGAUGAUGACGACGAUGGUGACAAGAAAAAGUUUAAAACUGGAUCAGAUCUUCAACAAUUUUUGCCGACGAUAGAAAAUAUAAAAAACGUGAAUGACGCGAAAAAGUGGAGUUUGCUGCCUUCAAUUGUGUACGAGUUGCUCGCACUUUUUAAGAAAUCGGAAAAAGUAAACUCUAAUGAUGACAAACAAGAUAAAAUUGAUAAUGAUUAUAAAGAAGAUUUUAAAGUUUUAUCAAAUCAAAGUUGUCAAGAAAAAUGUUUAGAUAAUGCCUUCAAUCAUGAACAUUUGAAAGAAAUUGAUAGAUGUGAUAAAAUUAUUGAACAUUCCAAUUCCCAAGAUUCAAGUAAUACAAAAGAUUUCGUUCAAAAUCUGAAUAAGUUAGAUUCCUCAGAAAAAAGAACAGAAGAUGUUGCAAAAAAAGUACCAUUAAUUACAAAAGCUUCACCAGUCAAACUGUUUGCAGAGAAUACUGAUGUUGAUAAAACUAAACAACAAGCAGAAGAUGAAUCAAAUGGAAAAAUUAGUGUUGUCAAGAAGCAGCUGACGUCUAUACACGACGUUUGUCAUUUAUCUGCGAUUCACUGUACUGAUUUGUCUACAAAUGAUAUUUCUAAGGCUCCGGUGCUCACAAAAAAUGAUUCUAAUACAGCUGCAUCUGCAAAUAGUAUUUAUAAUACUCCCAUGCAUACAUCUGAUAUUAGUAUUCCUAAUACUCCUAUACUUAUUUCUACAAAUAGUGUUUCUAGUACAGCUAAGCUUUCAUCCACAAAUCACAAUACAUUAAUUGUAUCUGAGAGAAGUGCCCACAAAAAUGUUAUUUCUAGAACAGAAAAUAGCUUAAGAGUGCAAAUGUUUGAGUUUUUAAAUAAAAAUUGUCAAAACAGUAUUUCAGGAGUACCUUUAACUAAACCAUCUCCAUGCACUUGUAACUGUUGCACAGUCGUAAAUAGCUUACCGACAAAUCAAUCGGCAGUAUACAAUUUAUUUUUCACAUCUAGUAAUAAUUUAAGUUACAUGAAUUUACAAUGUGAUAUAAAUUCCUCUAAUGUACCAGUUGCCGAUAAUUCUAUUUCUGCUACAAAUUACAGUAAUGUAGACAAAUCAAAGAAGUUGUAUAAACUUAAAAAACCACUAAUUAAUACAGAUUCUCCUAAAAAUAUUUGGAUUAACGAGUUGACUUCUUUGAUUAGUAAAAAAGAAAAUAUAUCUAAAAUAUGUCUAACAACUACCACAAGUGAUUCAAAAAAAUUGAACCCUAUAAAAAAUGUUAUGAAGCAAGUACAUAAAACUACUCAACAUAUUAAAUCACAUUUUUCAUUUUGUAGCAAAUGUAAAAAAUCUAAAUAUAGUCGUUCUGAUAGUUGUAAAUGUUAUAACAGAUCUUAUAAGGAUAGGUAUGAUACAUACUAAUCCAAGCAGUAAUAAAAUUGUUUAAUAUUUUACUGUUAAUUUAUUUUUAUAACUGUUAAACUGUUGUUAAUUUUUUCCCAGACAUUUUUAGACAUUGAAAAAAAGUAUUCGGAAUGUUCUUAGAAUUAUUUUACUCAACAAACUUAAAAUUGUUUAAUAAAUAAUAUAUAUUUGUGUAAAGGCAUGUAUUUGUUAGUUAGUAUUUGUGUUUUAUUGUAAAAUGUUUAAUAUGUCAAUGAUUUGGUUAUUAACUGUUCAUUAUUAAAAAUAACCAAUCACGUGGCUCAUAUUGUAUGUCACUAUAUACUGAUUGUAAAAUAUAACUGGUAUAUUUUUGUACAUCAAAGUUAAAUAAAUAUUAUACCAAUUUUGUUUCAUACCAAA